ACCGCGGCCGCUUUUCUUUUCUUUUGGAGAGAGUCCCUUUUUUUUUUUGCAGAAGGUGGACGGACACGCUCCGGGGAGGUGAGGGCAGGGGGCAGGGAUCAGGGGUGGUUGCCAAGUGCCUUGAACUAACGGCUGGGCAUUGUCCUUCCACCUCGCAGGGUGUUGGUAUGGCCAGCCCCCGGCCUCCCAAAUACCUCCUCGUCUUCGAUUUCGACGAGACCAUCAUCAACGAGAACAGCGAUGAGUCCAUCGUGCGGGCGGCGCCGGGGCAGGCGCUGCCGGAGCACAUCCGCCAGACCUUCCGCGAGGGCUUCUACAACGAGUACAUGCAGCGCGUCCUGGCGUACAUGGGGGACCAGGGAGUCAAGAUGGGGGACUUCAAGACAGUCUAUGAGAACAUCCCCCUGUCUCCCGGCAUGCCGGACCUCUUCCAGUUCCUCUCGAAGAACCAUGAGCUCUUUGAGAUCAUCCUCAUCUCCGAUGCCAACAUGUUCGGCAUCGAAAGCAACCUGAGGGCAGCCGGUUUCUACUCCCUCUUCCGCAAGAUCUUCAGCAACCCAUCCAGCUUUGACAAGAGGGGGUACUUGACCUUGGGGCCCUACCACAGCCACAAGUGCCUUGACUGCCCGGCCAACAUGUGCAAACGCAAAAUCCUAACGGAGUACCUGGCAGAGAGAGCCCAGGAGGAGGUGGAGUUCGAGAGGGUCUUCUACGUGGGAGAUGGCGCCAAUGACUUCUGCCCUUCCAUGACUUUGACUUCAGCCGACGUGGCUUUCCCACGGAAGGGCUACCCCAUGCACCGAAUGACCCAAGAGAUGGAGAAGAAGCAGCCUGGAGCCUUCCAGGCCACUGUUGUCCCCUGGGAGUCAGCUGUAGAAGUCACCCACUAUCUCCAGGAGAUCCUCAAGAAGAAGUGUUGAGGAUGGCCUCGGAAGAGACUUGCUUAAUAUAAGCAGCUGGGAAAGGAGAUGCUUGGGGGGGUUCACGUCCUGCACCCCACGCUCAUCGGCACUGCUCGCUCAGCCCCAGCUCCUGGGUUGCUUUCCUGCCUUUCCUCUCCGAGCACCUUUCUCCCUGGUAAUUAAAGCACUUUCUCUACGUCCCCCCUUCUCCUUCCUGCCAUGUUGAGAUGAAGCCUUCUCUAUGCAGCUCGGACAUCUGCCCAGCGUGGGUG